CGGAGGACCCACAAUGCUGUGAGAAUGCUGGUGGUGCUCUGCGUCGUGAGCAGCAUGGCCCUCGUCCUGCAGCUCAACUUGGCCAAUCAGCAGAGCUUCAUGCUCAGAAACAUCAAGGGAUUCGAGGAGCCCCGCGGGUGGACCCCUCGCCCGCGCCCUCCACCUGCCGCCCGCGCCGCCCACCUCGUCUUCCUCAAAACCCACAAGUGCGGCUCCUCCACCAUCCAGAACAUCCUCUUCCGCUACGCCUUCCACAACAACCUGUCGGUGGCGCUGCCGUACUCGGGCGUCUACCUGGACAACACACUCGAGGGCCAGAGUCUCAAGGUCAAGGACCUGCGCGACUCGCCCUUCGCGCCGCCUUCGGGGAGGUACCACUUCCUCAUCCACCACACGCGCCUCAACGUCAGGGCCAUCCAGCAGCUCUCCUUCGACGACUCCGUCUGGAUCACCAUCGUCCGGGAGCCGUCGGCCGUGUUCGAAUCCAUGUUCCACUACUACCGUCUGCACAAGUUCUACGGCGCGACGUUCGAUCACCUUCUGUGGAAACUGGAGGGCGGGUUUUCUUCGCGUUUCAAGUUGAACAAUAUGUACAUGGGGCGCCUCGGCAGGAACCAGAUGACGUGGGACAUGGGACUCGACGACCAGGACCUUCGGCAGGAGGCAGUUCUGAAGGAGGCGCUGAAGCUCCUCGACCACACCUUCCAUUUAGUUAUGGUUAGUGGCCGUCGAUUACAAAAAAAUUCAAAAUACAGCUACGGUGGAAGCCUUAGGUCACGUCUGGUAACAAUGCGUACUUUGUUCCUGUACGAGUCUCAAUUUUCCUCGGAAAGUCUCGCCGUUCGUGUCUUACCAAAGGAUGAAGGGAUAAACAUUAAUUUUUCUCUUUUCCAAUAUCAAGAACGUAUUCCAUAG